GAGUUACCUAACUUUGGCGGCUAUUUUCUCGCUUACCUCACCACAGAAAUCAGGCGACCUACCUUCCUUCAAUCACAAAUAUCUUGAGUUCUAUUCAAGAUCAAAUGGAUAACUUAGAUAAGAACACUAGUAACAUUUUAGAAGCAGCCUUCAACUACAAUCAAUUCCAGACAACGGAUGUACACAUUUACACUGUAUACACAAAAAGAAAUCGAUUUAAUCUCAACUGGUGGGUCUAAAGGAAUAGGGGAACCUGCAGGCAAGAUUUUUAUGGUUGCGUUUUUUAAAAUAAUGAAUUCAACGCCGAUUCAUAAAAGGUGGGAAUUCUGACCUGUGUGGCUUCUAAAGACGAUGCGAGGGACUUGACCAUCCAGUGGGCUUGAUAACAAAUUUCUCCCUGCGAGAUGAAUAAAGAUUGUCAUUGUUGUUGUUGUCAUUGGGACUAUGAGAGCUGUGAUGAGACUGUGUCCUGUGACUUUUGUGCGAAUAAGAUGAGACUGUCCUGUGAUUUCUGCGCGAGCUAUGAUGAGACUGUGUGUGUUCCGUGGACAUAGCAUUGUUAUUGUUGUUGUGAGUUAGUGACCUCAGGGUUUCAGAACUCACCCGCCUCUCCCGACGAUCAUGGAAACUGACGAGCCGAGAUGGAGAGAGUCAGUUCGCCAACAGAUGGAGUACGAGCUCUCCCGGAGAGUGAGAGAGGCCCUGGAGACGCCUCCCCUGGAGAGAAUACAGGUCAGGAGGUCACGUGGCUCCGAGACGUGCAGGGAACCGCCGGGGGACUGGAGGACACCCGCCAACCUCCCACUAACUGCUUCUAGAUCCUCUGCUCCCAAACUAACAGGACCUCCCGCU